UUCAUGGUGCACGCGGCCUCUCUAGCCGCACUCGCCGUCCUCUCGGUGUCGGCGCGGGGAAGGCGGGAGUGUGGAGAGCCGAGUCUGGCCUGUGCAGAUACGGUGCUUUCCGGAGGUCGGCGGAGACCCGCGGCAGCUCAGCUAGACCGGGCCGCACGUUGACCUACCAAAGAGAUUUCUAGACAAAACAGGGGAAACGUGCUAGACUCAAGGAUGAUGGAUCCAUGUUCAGUUGGAGUCCAGCUCCGGACCACCCAUGACUGCCAUAAAACCUUCUAUACUCGGCACACAGGUUUCAAGACUUUGCAAGAAUUGUCGUCAAAUGACAUGCUUUUACUUCAGCUUAGGACUGGAAUGACCCUUUCUGGGAAUAAUACCAUUUGUUUGCAUCAUGUCAAAAUUUAUAUUGACAGAUUUGAGGAGUUACAGAAGUCAUGUUGUGACCCAUUUAACAUACACAAAAAGCUAGCCAAAAAGAAUCUGCAUGUAAUUGACUUAGAUGAUGCCACGUUUCUUAGUGCAAAGUUUGGAAGACAGCUGGUACCUGGUUGGAAGCUUUGCCCCAAAUGUACCCAGAUCAUCAAUGGAAGUGUGGAUGUUGAUUCAGAUGACCGCCAGAGAAGGAAACCCGAAUCAGAUGGAAGAACUGCUAAGGCUCUGAGGUCCCUGCAAUUCACAAACCCGGGAAAGCAAACUGAAUUUGCUCCAGAAAGUGGAAAAAGGGAGAAAAGGAAGCUGACCAAGAACUCGAGCGCUGGCUCUGACAGACAAAUUAUUCCAGCAAAGAGUAAAGUCUACGACAGCCAAGGUCUGCUCAUUUUCAGUGGCAUGGACCUCUGUGACUGCCUUGAUGAGGACUGCUUGGGAUGCUUCUACGCCUGUCCCACUUGUGGGUCUACCAAAUGUGGAGCUGAGUGCCGCUGUGACCGCAAGUGGCUGUAUGAGCAAAUAGAAAUUGAAGGAGGAGAAAUAAUCCAUAAUAAACAUGCUGGCAAAGCAUGUGGUCUAUUAUCUCCCUGUCACCCAUAUGAUAUUUUACAAAAGUGAUCACCCAAAUAACUGGCCCGCAAAGACGAAAGUGCAGCAAAGAAGUGAGCAGUGGCCGUUCGGGAAGUAAAUUUGGAUCAGUCGUAAAUGGAAUUGUAGAAGCCUCGCUGCUAACAGGACUCUUGAUACCAUUGCUGUUCUGGGGACAGAUGUGCAUCAGAGGAACCUGGUGAUGAUGGAAAGUUACCCACAUCUCUGAGGAAAGUGGCUCUGACGAGCAGGAAGAUUGUGCCAGGAAAGUGAUGGUGAAAACUUCACAUUCAAGGCUGUUUAUUGUAAAUAGAUAUUUCACAACAUUGAACCAUCAGAAAGGUUUCUAUUUAAUGUCAACAAAACAGGCAAUCACUGUUCAGACUAAUUUGGACAAUAAAAUAAAACUCCAGUUCUUAAUACAUUUACUUUUCUUGUCCAUUUAUAGCUACAAAUUUUUAAUAUUUUGAUGGUUAUUUAAAGGGUCGUAUAGGAAUCCUCAUUAUUAUUAUUAGCAUUUCUUUGGUGGUGUGGCUCCGCACUCUUGUGCAGAUAGGCCCAGCCCUUAGCUGGGAACAAGGCCUAUGACACAAAAGUGUUCCAUGCAACAGAGUAGUUGAAUGUUAGGCUGUUUUGAAAAUAACCUAGAUACCUAAAUGCUAAAAUACAGUUCUUUUUCUUCCAACUAGAGAUGAACACAAAUGCUCAUUACACUAUCUGUUUUUCACUUUUUAAUUUAUGCAUUCUUGAUGAAAAUCUGUUCCUGGGGGAAAAUUUUUUCCUCUUUUUACAUGUAAAGCAUGAGUACAGUCCAUAAGUGACUGCACAUUUGUCGUGGUAGCUGUUCCAUUACUGUGAAGAGACACCGUGACCAAGACAACUCCUAUAAGAGAAAGCAGUUUCAGAGGCUUAGCCCGUUGUCAUCAUGGCAGAGAGUGUGGUGGUGUGCAGACAGAUACUGAAGCAGCAGCUGAGACUUGUAUAUCCUUAUCCACAGGCAGAGAAAGAGAGACUGGGCCUGGCCUGGGCUUUUGAAACCUCAAUGCUCAUCCCCAGGGACACACUUACCUCCAACAAGACCACACCUCCUAAUCCUUAGCAAAUAGUGCCACUCCCUGGUGAUUAAGCAUUCCAAGGGGCUAUGGGGGGCGUUUUUUUUUUUUUUUUUUUUUUUUUCAGAACAUCACAGCAUUAUUUCUGUGCUGUUAGAACUGAUACCCAUACAGUGAGGAUUGAGAGUUCUAAAACUGCCCCUUGGGGGAGUGGGGGUAAUGAAAAAAAUGGAGAAACUAGAACUUGUGGGAUAGAAAUAAAGUUUCUGGAUAUUGAUUAAAUAUCGGGGAGAAGUCUGUAUGGGUGUCUGUGGGGCAAGGGGAGUGUCUCCUGACUUCGUAAUAACUAAAGCCUUUUGUGAGUUCCUGUCACGGGGUCUGUUGUCUCUGAAUACAGUAUCUCAAUCAGACUGUUAGUAGUUUGGAAUUGCAGCUUUGAAGCUAAAUUUUAUAUAGUCAGUUUGAGUUGACCAUUAGAAUACUGUUUUUGUUCAUUUUGUUAUCUCGACACUCUCUGGUUUUCCUUUGAUUUUCACCUUGGUACUUUUAAGUUAAAAUUUUUAUUUGGCCCAGGUACCAGAAACCAAUCAGUUCUUGGAUCUGAAUUUCAGUUGAGCAGUAUCAAAAAGGUUUUUUAACUACAUUUUAAAGUUAAAAAGGCAGAAUUGUUUAUUUUUUCUGGAUUAAGGAAAUAUUUUGUAGGGAUAUAGGGAGACUCCAGUUUUAUCUGAAUCCUUAAGAUCAUUUGGUUUUAGUGAUUUUUUUUUUUUUUCUUGUUCCUGUUUUGGCUCCUAAAUGUGAGUUAGGACUGUACAUUGCUUACACUCUUCAGAGAGAAUCAGGUGUGUGUUUUGUUUCCUUUGUAGCAUGACCUUACUACAUAGCACAGGCUGAGCUCUGCAGUCUUAUUACCUCAGCCCUCCUGGGGUGACAUGCAUGUGUCACCCACACAGCAUGUGAAGUUGUUGUAGGCAUUUAUUUUUGUUUACAGGGGGAGUCUAUUUCUGAUGGAGAAAAGACUUUAUAUUAAAUGGCUAUAUUUCAGCAUUCCUGAACAGAUCUUUUUGUAAACAGUAAUAACUUUUUCCAAGGGGAAACUUCUUGAACAGUUUUGCUGUUUGUUCUUUGUCCAUUUGGGGACCAAACAGUGAGCAUAUUACAGUGUUUAUAGGCAAAUGUAUACCUGCUCUUGAGUAAACUAAUAAAGACUGUAUUUUAGAAAUAA